UUCGGGGUAAACAACGGACGCAGUCAGAUUUAGAUUUAGAUUGAACGUUGUGAAAUACAAUUGAUUAUUUUGUAGAAUUUCUCGUGGAAAAUGGAUAAUUUACUAAUUCAGGCUUAUUAGUAAAAAAGGUUGCUACCGCGUAUUAUGAACUUUUUUUUAUGCUGUUAUAUAACUGCAUUACCUAUAGUUGUUUAUAAAUGCAAAAUGACUGGUGUACUAAAGUUUGCAAGUGCAAUAAUUCGCCGUAUAAGUACAUGGCUAGGAUGUGAGUCAUGUCUGGAAAAAGUUCCAUCUGAACGAACUGUUGUACAUGAAGAAACGUGCAACACGAAUAAUAAAGGAUGUGAAAGAUGUCUGGAAAAAAUUCCAUCUAAACAAACUGUUGUACAUGAAGAAAUAUGCAACACAAAUAAUGAUGAUAUCGAGAAUGAAGGGCAUUUAUGGUUCAAAUUUGUAUCAAUUCCUUGGCCAUUAUAUGAAAAAUUAUGCAGAGAAAAUUCGACCACAAUAUUAGAAGAUUGUCAACACCAACGAGUAGAACAAAUUGUUAAUAGGCACAAUAUAAAAGUACCUAUUAAGCCUCCCAGAAAAAAAUUUGAAACAAAUAAACAUAGUUCUACAGAUAAUCCACUGAUAAAGGUUUAUGACACAUUUGACCGACAGAUGAGAUGUCCGUCUGAAAAAAUGGUGGAAAGUUCUAAAAAAUUAAUUAUGCCCUUUGACGAGAAUAGCGACUGUUUGCCUACAAGCAACAAACCGCAAAAUAUCUCAAGGCAAACGGUAUCUUUAAAAUUGCCCAAAACAAGUGCUAAUGAAAGCCUAUUGAAACCUUACAGAUCAUCAAAUCAGUAACAAAUCCGAAAGUUACAUGAACUUGCCAAUGUUAUCAUGUCCAUGCUAUUUGUUAAAUAUAUAUGAACAACAAAAUACCAAAAGGAAAGACAUGUCCACAUCCACAGAAAUAUAUUCAAAAUCUAAAAUGAAGAAAAUGUCGCAUAGUAGUAGGAUUAAAAAAUAUAUUAUAUCAUGUCUUCGAAAAAUUCCAAAGGA